ACAGGCAAUUAGCUUUUUCCACAACCACCCGAAACGUCACCGAAAAGUCAGUCCGGAUUGGUGAUAUAAGCCAACAGUGACAUCUUCAGGCUAUACAAGGUACGGUAGGACAACAUGCGCAUCUAGGAUCCCUUCCAUCUGCAUUGUGAGCUGUGAUGUCAGGACUAUCUCUGGCGGCUUGAAGGCCGUUACGGUGAGGACCACAGCCUCAGACUGAGGUGUAGCUCUAUAGGACCAUGCAGAGAAGCAGGACAGGGAAUGGUUCCUGGAAACACAGUACGGAACAAACUGAUAGCGAAAAGAUAUCACUAAUAACACUUAUAAGAGAAAAUAAAUUCUUUUCAACCCACCAAGAAAUGUGGCCAGCUUCUUCUGAAGAAUUGUCAUCACUUCACCCACUUGUGGACAGAGCUGAGAGAAGAAGAACCAGAUCGGUCAUUCCAUUAUUCCUUAAGCAGCUUACUGUCCGCGAUCUUCCCCUAUGAGAAGCAGAUGACACCGGAGUAAGGAACAUCUAAGAUUGCUUGUUGAUCACUUAUAGCUGUGGGAUACUGAAGAAGAAUGAUGUGGGUUCCCAAUAUCACGUUCCUUCUAUUGACCCUGUCCAUAAGUUGCUAUGGAGACAAUCCUGGGGCCAAGAUUCAAGUCACGGAACGUGGCCUUCAAAAAGGAGUGGAAUAUCUAUUGAAUAAAAUGAUGGCAAAUAACACUGUCUACCCGCUGCCAGAUGUGUCUGGAAGUGAAAAUAUAGCAUCUGAAGACAUGGGAUAUGAGUUCACGCAAAUACGCAUUAUAAAGUUUUACCGUGGUACUGUUGCUUCCCAAUGGGUGCCAGGAACUGGAAUGCAAGUGUCAAUGCAAAAUGGCAAUGCCACCAUCACCUGUAACUGGAAACUGGACAGCUGGCUCAUCAAAGACAGUGGAUCAAGUGUUCUGACCUUAACUGGGUUAGCUAUCUCCAUGGUCCUGGAGAUCGAUCGAAUAGAUCCUGGUGUACCAUCUAUGGCCGUGGUGGACUGCCAAGCCAGCGUUCAGAAUGUGGAUGUCCAAAUGUUGGGUGGCGUUAGCUAUAUCAUGGACAGCAUAAAACAACCCGUUCAAGACGUGGUGAAAAAAACAGUUUCGCAGCAGUUGUGUUCAUCUAUAAGAAAUCAAGUUGAUAAAUGGGAUCAGUCAGUCAGCCAUUUAAAGUUGAAUUCGUCACUAAAUCGUUUCAUAGAGGCCGACUUCUCUCUUGUCAAUAAGCCAGAAAUUUUAGGCCGUUACGCUAACAUAGGACUGAAGGGCCUUUUCCGCUUACAUAAUGAAUCCCAUAGUGAGACAACUUUCUCUCCAGAACCCAUGACACUCCCAGACCAAGAUGGUGCUAUGAUUUAUAUCGGAGCCUCCCAGUCUUCAUUCGAUUCCCUUGCUGCUGCAUACUACUCUGCUGGGUUUUUGACUUUUCAAGUGUCCCAAAUGGCGGGAUCCAAAGAGUUUACAACCUCAGAGCUGUCUGCCUACAUGCCAGAGAUUUCUCAACAUUUCCCAGACCCCGUGCCAGUAAAAAUCCAAAUGCAUGCUACGAGGGCUCCGUUAGCGUUCAUUCUGGUUAACAAUAUGACCGUCCAGUUUGGUGGGUUGUUGGAGACAAUUGCCCAUCCUGCGAAAGCCGAAGCCGAGAACAUCUUUGGUGUUAACAUAGUGGUCAGUGUUCAAGCCAACUUUAUACUAUCAGAAGCCAAUGGGGCGCGAGGUUUGAAUCUCACAGGUUCUAUUGAAUUAGUCAGGUUACAGAUAGAAGGGAGUCAACAAACCAUAAAAGUACAAAAGGGGGUCGUAACAGAAAAUGGAGUCCAGCGGCUCUUUCGCGAGGUGGUUGUACCGGUUGUUAAUGAAAAUUUGGCCAGUGGGGUUCUCAUCCCCAGCACCUUCCUGAAAAAUGCUUCUGUCCGUAUGGAGCAGGGAUUUGCCAUAUUGGCGGCUGAGUUAAAGUAGAACCCUACAACCCUGCGGCUCCAGACAAUGGACUAUUGGAUGUAUUCUUACCAGACAGGACUGUAUUACAUUCUGUAGGCACUCAGAGGAGUGAUG